GCAAAGAGAAAGAGAGAGAGAGAACAAAAAGCAAGCGAAAAAUCUUUAAGCGUUUAUUUAAUGUAUUUAAUGCAUAAACCUAAUUAUUCAUUAAGCCCCAGCAACAAUUAAAUGUUAAAUUCAUCUUGAAUAUAACAAGAAAUCCCUAUAUAUAUCAGCGCCCAUUCCCCUCAUAGCCCUCCACCAAAUAGCAGCACCAGCAGACGAAGAACUGAGAGCCAAAAAAAAAAAAAUCGAAAUCCACGCAAGAAGAGGAGAAGCAAAGGAAACGAAAAAAGUUUCAUUUGGAGAAUUGGCUCCACAAAUCUAAGUAGACUCUAUCGAGUUGGAGGAUAACCUAAUCCUGCCCAGGCGGCCGACUAUGUCUGACUAUUUGCACCAACAGAGACCACAAGAGCACACAUAGCCAUGGCUGCGACGAGAAAACUGCAAGGGGAAAUUGAUCGAUGUUUAAAAAAAGUAGCCGAAGGCGUCGAAACGUUCGAGGAUAUUUGGAAAAAAGUACACAAUGCCACAAAUACCAACCAGAAGCAAAAACAUCUGCAAGAGAAAUAUGAGGCAGAUCUCAAAAAAGAAAUUAAGAAAUUGCAGCGAUUACGCGAUCAGAUAAAAUCAUGGAUUGCCUCCGCCGAGAUUAAGGAUAAAAGUGCGUUGCUUGAGAACCGAAGGCUCAUAGAAACGCAAAUGGAACGCUUUAAGGUGGUUGAGCGUGAAACAAAAACCAAAGCGUAUUCCAAGGAGGGUCUGGGCGCCGCACAAAAAAUGGAUCCCGCCCAGCGGAUAAAGGAUGAUGCCCGCAAUUGGUUAACCAGCUCAAUUAGUUCACUGCAAAUCCAAAUCGAUCAAUAUGAAAGUGAAAUUGAAUCACUUUUAGCUGGCAAAAAGAAACGACUCGAUCGAGAUAAACAGGAGCGUAUGGACGAUUUGCGUAGCAAAUUAGAUCGACAUAAAUUCCACAUAACAAAGCUGGAAACACUAUUAAGGCUACUCGAUAACGAUGGCGUUGAAGCGGAGCAGGUGAAUAAAAUUAAAGAUGAUGUCGAAUACUAUAUUGAUUCAUCGCAAGAGCCGGACUUUGAGGAAAAUGAGUUUAUCUACGAUGAUAUCAUUGGACUCGAUGAGGUCGAACUCAGUGGCACGGCCACAACGGAUAGUAAUAAUAGCAACGAAACGAGCGGCUCACCGAGCAGUGUUACCUCCGGCGGUAGUCCAUCCCAAUCGCCAGUUACGGUGCAGCAAGUUCUGCCAUCGGGUGCAAGCAGCGGCGGUGGCAGUAGCAGCGGCAGCGGCAGCAGCAGUGCAGCAACAGCGGCGCUAUUUCAACAACAAGCAGCAGCUACAGCGGCGGCGGCGGCAGCGGCAGCAGCAGCAGCAGUUGCAGCCCAAUCGAAUGGUAAUAAUGUGGGCUAUGCGAGCGAUACCAGCGCAACUUCAUCCUCAGCAACAACAUCCACGGAUGCGGCGAGCAGUGGACCAUCGGCACCGGGCAGUGGUGAAAAGCGAAAAAAUAGCGAAAGUGCUACCGCCAGCAGCAAACCCAAGCAACCUCAACAGCAACAACAGCAGCAGCAGCAGCAACAACAACAACAACAGCAGCAGCAGCUCAUCAAGCCAACGCCAGUGCGAGCAACGGUUAAGGCGCCAGCGGGUAGUGAUACUCAAGUCAAUAAGAUUGUCAGCUCAACGCCCAGCAAAAGCCAACAGCAACAGCAGCAACAACAACAAACACCACAGCAACUGUUGCCAACGGCUGCGUCAGUGGUUGCCGCAUCUGCUGCCAGCAGUUCCACACAGAGUGCAAGUGGCCAAAGUUCAAGUGCGGGUAGUGCGGGAGCAUCAACAGCCAGUGGUCAUAAUCCUGCCGUGCAGCCGCAUGCCCCAACGCCUGUUAGCCUGGCGGCGGCAGCAGCAACAGCGGCAACCGGCACAGGAUCCGGAUCAGCGGCAACGAAUACAAGUAGCAGUAACAUUCAAGGCCAAUCUGUGAUUCAAGCAAUACCGACAAUUGCAUUUGCGGCGGUGGCAAAACACAAUACAUCACUACUGGAAAAUGGUCCUGUGUUGCAUCAGCCCCAGCAACAGGCAACAGCACCCACAGUAGCCUCCAUUGUAGGAGCCGGAGCACAGUCGCAACAGCAGCAGCAACAACAACAGCAGCAGCAACAGGCGACGCAAUUAUCCAAUCUUCAAACGAAUUCCUCACACAUACAAAAUGGCCUGCCUGUAUCUAUCGGCAGCAGCGGCAGCAGCAGCGAGAACAGCAAUAGUAAUGCCGUUGAAUCAAUUUCAUUGAAAACCAUGGCACAGGAAGCCAUCAAUCGAUCUGUGAUCGACAACACUUCUCUUAACCCACAACAGCAGCAGCAAUCGCAACAGCAGCAAGCGGCAAGUAACAUAGACACAAGGCAACAGCAACAGACGACACAGCAAACGCUACUUCAACAGCAUUUUAGUACUGAAACAACUGCCAAUCAACAGCAACAACAACAAGCGGCAGCGGCGGCAGCAGCAGCAGCUGCGGCGCAACAACAACAACAGCAGCAACAGAAUGCAGCUGCAGCAGCCGCUGUAGCUGCCAUUGCAGCAGCCAGCAGCAAUGGACCCACAGCUGGCAGUGGACUCAUGAAUCUGGCUAAUGCGACCGCUGGACAGCCUCCAAGUGGAGGUAAUAGCAAGACGCCACAGCAACAACAGCAGCAGCAGCAACAACAACAAUUGCAACAGCAGCAGCAACAACAACAACAAGAGGCGCAUAUACCUCCGCUGCUGGGUGUAACGCCUUUGGGUCCAUUACCCCUGCAAAAGGAACAUCAAAUGCAAUUCCAAAUGAUGGAGGCCGCCUACUAUCACCUGCCACAGCCCAUGGAUACCGAGAAGUUGCAAACAUAUUUCCAUCGUGCACCGGUACCAACUCCAGCGCAUUAUCCCCAAGCACAGCUGCCCAUAUACGAUACCGUUGAAUUUUAUCAACGACUCUCGACGGAGACAUUGUUCUUUGUAUUCUAUUAUAUGGAGGGCUCCAAGGCCCAAUAUUUGGCUGCCAAGGCGUUGAAAAAGCAAAGCUGGCGAUUCCACACCAAAUACAUGAUGUGGUUUCAGCGUCACGAGGAGCCGAAAAUAAUCAACGAUGAUUACGAACAGGGUACGUACAUCUACUUUGAUUAUGAGAAAUGGAGUCAGCGCAAGAAGGAGGGAUUUACCUUUGAAUACAAGUACUUAGAAGACAAGGAGCUGAAUUGAAGGAUAUAUGAUUGCUGUGUGUUGUCAGUUAAUUGUGAGAGGAGAAAAACUACACAAAACAACCAACCAACCAACCAUUCAAACAAUAAAGAUUCAAAUACCAUUUAAACAUACAAAACACACACAAACAAAUCACACACACCCACACACACACACAAAGAAAAACUCCCAUAAAAACCAACUAAAGCGUUAAAGCAGAGCAAGCCGUAAGCAUAAGUAAAAAGGAAUAACUAAAAGAAGAACUAAACGAGAAAAGAAAAUGAAGUAUGAUACUUGUUCGGAAAAUGCAUGUAAAAAACAUAUGCUUUUUUUAUAUAAAUGUUUCAUUGUUUAUUAUUA